AUUAUCAUGGCAGCACCCAGGCGUAGCUCUGUGUGGGAUACACCGCAAGUGUACAAACAUCAUGAGCAACAAAACGUCUGCUACUCACGACCAAAGUAUAGGGAGGGAAGGAAGCCAAAAGCUGUCAAGGUUUACACAAUUAAUCUAGAGUCUCGGUUUCUACUGGUGCAAGGAGUGCCUGCUAUUGGUGUGAUGACAGAGCUGGUACAACUAUUUGCUCUUUAUGGAGUGAUUGAAGAAUACAGGCCACUUGACGAAUACCCAUCUGAACAGUUCACUGAAGUUUACCUCUUCAAAUUUCAAAAGCUUACAAGCGCAAGGGCAGCCAAGCGCAAUACAGAUGAGAAAAGCUUCUAUGGAGGUUUGCUUCAUGUGUGCUAUGUACCUGAAUAUGAGACUGUGGAAGACACAAGAAAGAAGUUGCAAGACCGGAGAAGAUAUGUGAACAGGACAACUCAAAAAUCAGACAAAGAAUCUCAUCAAGAGCAACCCACAGAGGCCACAAAUUCUGCAUGUGAGAAGGCACACGUGUUGUCUGCUUCUGAAUAUGAAAAUCCUCAAAGAAUCCAAGGGGAGCACUUUGAUUUUGACACUUAUUCUGGCUUUUCAUUGUUGCCCUUACCACCCCAGGAAGAUGCCUCUCAGCAAUAUUUCUCUUCUAAAGAAUCAUUUAAGCCUCAAAGUGUACAAGGAAAGAAUGUACCCACAGAGGACAAGAUGGGAUCUCUACAUAAUUUCAUCCCUAUCGCCACAGACCAUUACAAACAGACCUCACACAAGCCAACUGUGGCAUCCUCUGGCAGUGAUAGAGUGAGAGGCAAAAAAAGUCAUGCUCCUUCAACUACUGCACCAAGGUUUAUGCCAAGAACUGCACAACUGGAAACCAGGAAGAGGAAAAUGGAGGACAACUCAGAUUUAAUGGGUAUAACAAACAAAAAUGCACCCCUGUGUGGACCCAAACUUCCAGAACCACCAAAGAUGGAUAUGGAAGAUGAUUCAUUGAACAUAACAGCUCAUUUUAUCAGGCAAACAAUGGCAAAGGUUGCAUCAGAUCCCCCUGAGAGGAGGAUCACCACCACAAAACCACGACGAAGAAUUUAAUCUCAUUUUAUCACACCAGUUCUUAGAAGCAUACAUUACUUGGAAAGUCUUACAGUGUGCAGUAUCUCACAAAUGAAUGCUUUACUGGCACAAUGUUUUGUUUUAAAAUAAAGUUUGUUCAUAUUUGUGA